AAUGGAGUCCAUAAGGUCUUAUAUCGUGGCCUCCAUGGACAUUGAUAUUCCUGAUCAAAGUGUAACAGAGAUGAACUGUUUGUGUCUCGAUCUAAAGUUAAUGGGUCUUGGUUGAAUAUGGUAGUAAUAUAUCUGGUAAACGGAUCUAGCUUUACCCCGAAAAAGUACCAGCGUCGUGGUUCGCCAAAACCGAGCGCGAGUCUUUCGCAUUGAAAGUUUGAAGGGUCGGAUAUGGU